AUGGGUUUACACUAGUGUCGUUUCUGCAGCUGUGGACUGACAGUCGUUUAUCCACGGGUACCUUGUUAAUCAUCACAGGUGUGUCACUACUUGAAAAACAUUUGCGACCCCUGAAUAAUUUCUACAGUGUCCAUUUGAUGAUCCACAUUCAGAGGGAAAGUAACUGGAAGAAUGUCAUGAGACCUGCUGGUCUCAGUCCAGCGGUUGCACAGCUGGACCAGUGUGGCCUUGUUAACAAUGAUGAAAAGUACCUGUCCUCUUUAAACCAAGCGGUUCACAUGGAAGGUCUGAAGAUGUGUAGCUUGUAUGAGUCGCCUGUGUCGAUAACAACAGAUGAGCUCGACUUGGUCUGUUCCACAGAAAGAGCCAUCAGCAGCGUAAAGAGUGACACAUCCUGCACUCUCUCGGUUGUACAUAACGACACAUUGUCCCCUUCCUUAUUUUGCUCUACCCUGUCCACAUCAUCUUUCAGUGCCUUCUCUCCAUCCUUCUCUUCCCCUUCCUCUAGCCACUCAUCUGGCUCGAUAUCAGACCUAUGUUUGACUUCUCCAUCUCUUUCAACUCUCUGCGGUCCACCUGAGACCCAGGAUCUUCUCUACAAUUGCACACCAGAGCCGCAGGAGAAACCUCCAGAGGGAUGUUUGUAUCCCAAGUCUCCAAAGCAAGAGCCUGUUGCUGAAUUUCAUCUUUGUUACAAGAAGCUUCUACACAAGGAAGAACUCCUUCAGUAUCUCUGCACUGACUCAGAUGCCACCAAGGAUCAAACCCAGCACAUUAACCUUCACAAUACUCAGACAGAAGUAUCAGAAAAGCUUCCUACACUGCAGCAGUUGAAGAAUGAUUUGGGACUGAGUGGGCUUCCUGGAGCUGAGCGAAUGAAUGAACACCUGAGUGAAGAACAGCCAUGCAAAUGGAUGGAUUGUAGGGCUACCUAUGGGUUGAAAGAAGAACUGGUGAGACACAUAGAGAAGGUUCAUAUAGAUCAGCGAAAAGGCGAGGAAUUUACCUGCUUCUGGGCAGGAUGUGUCCGUCGGCACAAGCCCUUCAAUGCUCGAUACAAACUGCUCAUUCAUAUGAGAGUCCAUUCUGGUGAAAAGCCCAACAAAUGCAUGUUUGAAGGCUGCAAUAAGGCAUUUUCCCGUCUGGAGAACCUGAAGAUCCACCUACGCAGCCACACUGGAGAGAAGCCCUACAUUUGCCAGCAUCCCGGCUGUCUCAAGGCCUUCAGCAACUCCAGUGAUCGAGCCAAACACCAGCGCACACACCUGGACACGAAACCGUAUGCAUGUCAGCUCCCAGGGUGCACCAAACGUUACACCGACCCCAGCUCAUUGCGCAAACACAUCAAGGUCCACUCCAGUAAAGCCCUGCAGGCACAGGACAAGGUUCAGCUACACAAUAAGGUGGAGCAGGAAGUUGUGGAUGUGUGCCUUGGCUUGCAGCAUCUCCAUGGCUCUGUUCAUUCAGUACAGAGUCCAGACCAUAGGUGUCCUGCCUCCCUCAAGAUUCAUCAGGAAGGCUUUACUGCAUACCCAGAGGAGGAUGAAUCCUGUUGCAGAGUAUUAUCUCUGGAGCAGCCCAGCAGAUACUGCAGCAUGGAGCACAGCAGCAUCAGCCUUCACAACCCUCUGCACAACAAUCAGCCGAGACUUUCUCCACUGGUUUGUGGAAUCAGCCUGGUCAGUGGUACCAAUGAGGUCCAGUCUGUCUCUGACAAACAGAGCUCCUUCCCAAACCCACAUCAAAAACUCAACCAGAUGUUUCAUGAAGUACCAAUAAAUCACCACGGCUGUUGA